UUUAAACUAUCUGCAUCUUUUUUGGAUUUGAAAAGAAUAUAGAAGUUCAUCGGGAUCCGCGAACGAGACGAUGUCUAAUGCACUCGCAUCCUUGGUAGGUAAGAGGAUAUUGGGAGAGACAGCAAGGAAUCACUUUGGACAAGAGGACCCUUAUUUCGAGGAAGUCCCUGCGUCUCGUUUAUACCGCACUUUCGGCAAAAAAACACGAAAGAGGCGCAAGGCAAUCCCACCAGGGUUGUCAGAAAACGAUGCGAAGGUGCUUACAAAAGUGAAGCGCAGAGCAUAUCGGCUAGACCUCUGUCUCUUCAGCCUGUGUGGAAUCAGGUUUGGAUAUGGCAGCGUGAUUGGCCUCAUCCCUUUUGCGGGCGAUGCUGCAGAUGCCGCGCUUGCUUUGAUGGUCGUGGAGAGUUGCGGGAAGAUAGACGGAGGGCUCCCUGGGCGUCUUCGCAUGAUGAUGUUAAUGAAUGUGAUGAUCGACUUCUUCAUCGGUCUGGUUCCUUUCGUUGGAGAUCUCGCAGAUGCAUUGUACAAAUGUAACACGAGGAACGCUGUACUUCUCGAGAAACAUUUGCGAGAAAAGGGACAAAAGACUCUCUCGAGGCAAAGGCCAAACGAGCGUAUCGUCGAUGCGAGCUUGGCAGAGGAAUUCGACAGGUACGACGAUGGUGUACUGGGAGAUCCCCCGACCUAUGAUCAAUCCAGCGCCGCAAACAAUCACCAUGCGGAGUCUCGGAAUCAUGGACGAAGGCCGAGUGAGCCGCAGGCCGACAGACAUAUGGAUAGAAGCCGGUCCAACAAGACCUGGUUCGGAGGAUCAAAGCAAAGACCUGUUGACGUUGAGCGUGGAGGAGCAUAGGACAUCCAAUCUGGUUUUCACACUCUGGAGUGC